ACACACGAACGGGUCAUAGAAUACAUAUUUUAUUCUUAUAUUUUGUCAAAAACAAAAAAAAUAAUGACAGGAUCAGUUUGGUGGUCAGGGCUAAUACUAUGUUUUCUUGCAUUAUUUUCACGCACUGUGAUUGGUAGACCGGCAACGUUUCUGCAGGAUUUCCGUGUCACCUGGUCGGACUCUCACAUUCGCCAAAUCGAAGGAGGAAACGCUAUUCAGCUCAUUCUUGACCAAAACUCAGGUUGCGGGUUUGGUUCCAAGUACAGGUAUUUGUUCGGACGUGUGAGCAUGAAGAUCAAGCUCGUCCCCGGUGACUCUGCCGGAACAGUCACCGCAUUCUACAUGAAUUCGGACACGGACACGGUACGAGACGAGCUGGAUUUUGAGUUCCUGGGAAACCGGUCGGGACAGCCUUACACCGUCCAGACAAACGUUUAUGCUCACGGAAAAGGUGAUAGGGAGCAAAGGAUAAACCUCUGGUUCGAUCCCUCCGCAGAUUUCCACACCUACUCCAUUUUGUGGAACCAUCAUCAUGUCGUCUUCUCAGUGGAUGAGGUGCCGAUUAGGGUUUACAAGAACAACGAAGCUAAAGGAGUUCCGUUCCCUAAAUUCCAGCCAAUGGCAGUCUACUCCACUCUUUGGGAGGCCGACGAUUGGGCAACGAGGGGCGGCCUCGAGAAGAUAGAUUGGAGUAAAGCUCCAUUCUACGCUUACUACAAGGAUUUCGACAUCGAAGGUUGUCUGGCACCAGGGCCCACGAGCUGUGCCUCGAACCUAAAUAACUGGUGGGAAGGUGCGGCUUACCAAGAGCUGAACCCGGAUCAAGCCAGGCGAUAUCAUUGGGUGCGCAUGAACCACAUGAUCUACGACUACUGCACCGACAAGGCCCGGUACCCGGUUACCCCACCGGAAUGUGUGGCUGGAAUCUGAUUCCCUCUUUCUUCAACAUAUCAAUGGUCAAUUCUUUCGCUUUACAUGCUUUAAAAGCUUGUACGUAUGAUAUGUAUACACUAGUCCAUGCAUUUGUAAGGGUACAAAGGUAAUUGCACAAUUGCCUGAUCGAUGUACCCAGUUUGGGCCAAUAAUGUUUCUAUAUAAUUGUGAAAAGGAUGUAAAUUUCCAUUCAAAGUGAAGAGAUAUAUAUUAUAUAAAGAAAGGUACUAUUGAUUUUUAA